GUCUGCUCAGUGUAGAGCUGAGAGGGGGGGCUCUCACUGAAGUGAAGAGGGAAUUCAGCAACUCUUGGAGGACAGUGGAAGUUGAUAAAAAUGUUUCUUUAUUGUUAAAAGCAACACAUUCUGGCCCUUAACGGUCAUCAGGGUUGCUCUCACUCACAUAAGGGCUAAUGGAGGGGAUGCUAGGAGUGGAUGUGUUUCUGUACCCUGACGGACUGAGAAUUGCUACACCAGAGGAUAUUAGGCAAUGGGAGCUGGAGACCGCCAGCCAGGUGUCCAGCCAGGUGUCUCAGGAACCACCCGUCCGACUCUUUGUGGCUCUUUUCCCAUACAACCCUGCUGCAAUGUCCCCAAACCCUGAGACCGCUGCGGAGGAGCUCCCUUUUGUGCCAGGGCAGAUCAUCAAGGUGUUUGGGGAUAAAGACGAUGAUGGUUUCUACCACGGGGAGUCUGGUGGUCUGUCUGGUGUCGUGCCUAGUAACAUGGUAUCUGAGAUCCCAGUGGAUGAUGACUACCUCAAGCAUCAGCUCAUGCAGCAGGGUUUCCUGCCGGUCGACCUCACCUGUACAGAUCCCAGUGAGGAGUCCAGCGUGCUAGAUGACUUGGUCGUCCGCAGGAUGGUGGCCAUCUUUGAGUAUGACCCUUGGGAAAGUUCCCCCAACAUGGACAGCGACGCUGAGCUCGCCUUCCGUGCAGGGGACAUAAUAUAUGUGUUUGGUGAGAUGGAUGAAGAUGGAUUCUAUUAUGGGGACCUUCAUGGGCUGAGAGGUCUGGUGCCAUCCAACUACCUGGAACCACUACCAUGGGAAUAGGAUUAACAAGGAGCAUCAGAUACAUGAGAUUAUGUCAAGAAUCAGAAUCAGAUACAAUGAACAAAACAUUAUUUUCAAGGAUAUCUGAAGGGAUAUUACUGUGUCAAAAAUCAAGAUUUUGUCAUAUUUUUUCUUCUGCAUAAAUACUUGUGACCACAGAAAUCUCCUUCAGGAGUUGGAAUGAUCAUGGGAUAGGGUUUUUAUGAGCCGUGUGCAGGCCAUCAUGCACAGUAACGCAGUAGACAGAUUUAGCUCUGUCCAAAGAAAUCCUAUGAACUACAAACCUUUUGUUGGACAUUUUAAGGUGCAGUAAGAUUGGCCAAAAUAAUGACUUCAAGGUUAUCGUAUUACAUAAUGCUUUGUCAGCAGCUAGGGUAUUGUAGCCUUAAAAAUAUUAUUUUUAUUCUCACUUUGCUGACCGGGAUGUAUGUUGUAGCUAUGCCUAUAUUUGCCUUACUACAUCUUCCGGUUUAGAAAAUACCCAUGCACAUUUUAUAGUGAAAGCUGUGAGCAAUCUUUCCUGUUAGAGAAAUCAUUUUCUUCCUUAGUACUAUUUGUAUGUUUAUAUACAAUUGGUGUUGGUACAUUUUUGUUCAUGACCAACUGAGAUUUUGACGGGAACAUUGAGCACAUUGAAUGACGAUAUCUACAGUAUGCAGAAUUUAGCAGUACUAUUAAAUUGUUC